AUGAAACUUUACGAUGCCAUGUCGCUGGUGGCGAUGGCCGCUCACGCGUGCGAUGGUUUGAAUUUCUCCUUUCAAAGCAACUUGAAUGGAUGGUAUUCCUGCCCCAGGUACACCGUUGCAAUAAACGGAACCUCUGAUGACCAUGAUGCCGAAUGCGCUGUAUUCAGUGUGCCGCUUUGUUAUCCUGGAUUUUGCAAGGUACCCGACUGUGUGAACCCCAGCGUCGACAUGUUUGUGAAGCGGAUACCUGCUGCAAAAGACCCAACAACUGCAUCAAAUUUUUGGCUGCUGUCAGAUGAUGCGGGCUCAUCAUCAACUUCUCUGGAAAAGUAUAUGGAUGUAGCAACGUUCUUUUUGGACUACACAAAUGGUGCAUAUACUAUCGUGUACGGUUGGAACUAUGGAAGUGCGCUUGCGGAACGUUUAAUGCAUCUGAAUUGUCCUCAAGUGACGGGAUAUGUUCUGGAUGAUAUUGCCACGACUUCAGGAGCGACCCGAAAUAAAAGCUAUUACGUGUCAAUGGCAGACAUUGAUAGUGGAGACAUUGGUGAUGCAUUUAUGGCACUGUGCGCGACGACGCGCGAGUGCCGCAAGCACUUUUGGUCGAGAAGCCUUGCAAAUACUCUCCAAGAUUUGAUGACGCAACUUGACGAUGAACCAAAGUCAGCGUGUGCUGCGCUAAUAACCAAAGCGGCUGGCGACAAGAUUACCGAUCCGGCCUCGCAUGUAUUACGGAAUGUUCUAAUGCUCCUGCUCUUGACCGAGAAAACACGAUAUAUAUAA